AUGAUUAGUUUUGCUGAGGGUGACAGGAAUACAAGGUACUUUCAUAGUAUUAUGAAUGGGAGGAGAAACAGAUUACAGAUCAUAAGAAUUCUGAAUCAGCAAGGAGUAUGGAUAGAAGGGGAGUCACUUUUGGCAGAAGAAGCUUGUAGAUUUUACCAACAACAGUUCUCCCAAGAGGUUGAUCCUUUAGAUUUUAAAUUGCUACAACAUGUUCCUAGUAUGGUGGAUCAGGAUACUAAUAAUCAGCUGGUAAGCAUGCUAACUUUAGAGGAGGUGAAGAAGGCUGUAUUUGAAUUAUCUGCAGAUAGUGCUGGUGGUCCAGAUGGUAUGAUUGGAAUAUUUUAUCAAGUGUGUUGGGACAUUGUUGGUGCUGAUGUAUACAAUCUUGUGAAAGAAUUUUUUGAUGGCCAAACUCUUCCUAAGUCAGUCACACAUACCAACCUGGUACUGUUACCAAAGAAGAACAACAUUGAGACCUUUGCUGAUAUGAGACCAAUCAGUCUCAUCAACAAGGUUAUUUCUAGAGUGGUUCAGGAUAAGCUGGAGGGCAUUCUACCUUUACUGAUAUCUCCUAACCAGUCUGGAUUUGUUAAGGGCAGAUGUAUCAUUGAAAAUGUCCUUCUAACUCAAGAAGUUGUGACUGACAUUAGAUUAACAGGAAAACCAGCUAAUGUUGUACUUAAGCUUGACAUGGCUAAAGCAUAUGAUAGAGUAUCAUGGAGUUACUUGAUCAGAGUUUUAAGGAAGAUGGGAUUUGUAGAAAUUUUCAUAGAUAUGGUGUGGAGGCUGAUAGCAAAUAAUUGGUACUCCAUACUCCUUAAUGGUCAAGCUCAUGGUUUCUUUCAUUCCACCAGGGGUGUAAAACAAGGAGAUCCUCUUUCUCCUGCUUUGUUCAUCUUAUAUGCUGAAGUUUUAUCUAGAGCAUUGAAUUCUUUAUUUGAGAAUAAUGACUUUAGAAGUUAUGGAAUGGCCAAAUGGAGUGCAAAUCUGAACCAUCUGGCAUAUGCAUAUGACACAAUAAUUUUUUCAUCUACAGAUGCUAGAUCUUUGGAGUUAAUUAUGGAGGUACUACAUGCAUAUGAGCAGAAUAAUAGUGAGAAAGGCGGAAGAAGACACUGGUCAUCAUGGCUUAACUUGUGUAAGCCAAAAGAGGAAGGAGGAGUAGGAUUUAGAUCUUUGUUUGAUGUAUCUGAAUCCUUAUGUGCAAAACUUUGGUGGAAAUUCAGGACAACAAAUACUCUAUGGGCAAACUACAUGUGGAUCAAAUAUUGCAAAAGGCACAGUCCUCAGACUGUGCAGUGGAAAGGAGGUUCUCAAGUAUGGAAGGAUAUGAUAGAGGUUAGAGAUAAUAUAGAGCAAGAAACAUGGUGGGAACCAAGGAGUGGAACUGCAAAUGUAUGGUUUGACAACUGGACAAAGCUAGGGGCACUAUAUCACAUUAUUCCAGAUGAUUUUGGAAUAGAUGAGGGUGUUCAAGAUGUAAAAGAACUUAUGUUGCAGGUUGGUUGGAAUAUAGGAAAAUUGCAGCAGUUGUUUCCUAUGGAUAUUGUGGAUCAUAUAUUGGAAGAAUUGCACUUUCAUGAACCAAAAGAUGAGUGGGAUAUGCCAAGAUGGAUGAUGACAGCAUCAGGCAAGUUUACAGUAGGCACUGCAUGGGAAUUACUGAGGAUUAAAGCAGUCAAGUCAGAUGUUUUUAAGAAUAUAUGGAUAUCAGGGGUGUCUUUUAAGAUAUCUUUCUUUUUCUGGAGGUUGUGGAAGUACAAAAUACCAGUUGGAGAGGUAGUAAGAAGGAUAGGGGUAGAUAUUGAGGCAACCUGUUAUUGCUGUGAUCAUAGGCAAUAUGAAACUGUGGAUCAUUUGUUUGUUACAGGAAAUGUUGCCAUAAAAGUUUGGACUUAUGUUAAAACUGCUGUUGGCAUCACAACACAGUUUCAACAAGUCAGGGAACUCUUUCAAAUCUGGUGGAAUACAAAUUGUCCCUCAAAGUUCAGAACCAUUUUUAAAGCUAUUCCAAUGGCCACCAUGUGGCAGUUAUGGAAGUGGAGGAAUACAGUCCUACAUGGAGGGAGGAUGUCCAUCAACAAAGUGAUUUAUGAGAUAAACAUGGUCAUAUAUCAUUUGUGUAGAAUGAGGUUUCCAGGGCAGAACAACUUACCAAAAUGCAUACCUCAAAUUCUACAAAUCUUUGAAGCAUACAGGCCAAGAAUUGUAAUAGGUGAUUUCCAGUAUGCAGCAGCAAGAAGGAUAUCAGAUGGUUCAAAUUUGAUAGCAGAAUCAAGGGCACUACAUGAGGGGCUUAAGUACUGUGUUACACACAGUCUGUUACCAGUGGUGUUGGAAACAGAUUCAAUGACUAUGAAGAUGAUCUUAACUGGUCAGUGGGAGACUCCAUGGAGUAUAUCAAUGAUCAUAAAUUAUAUCUUAAGGUUGAGGAGGGAUAAGGAAGUAAGGGUGGAGCAUGUGCUGAGAGAAGGAAAUGGACUGGCUGAUUUUUUAACUAAUUAUGCUUUUGAUUUUGCAGGUGAUCAUCUUUUUCAGAGUUUUACUUCACUUCUGUGA